CUCACCUACCCAUACAACGAAUCCAUUACAUUAUUAAAUUUAAACAAAAGGAAACCAUUCAAUUACAUUACACUAUUCAUAUUUCAAUCUUUAAAAACGGAAAUCAUUAAUAACAUUACUGAUUACACUAUAUGGAACCAAUCUCAGCUGUCUAAUUCAUACCUCAAUCCUUAGCCACACGAUCAUCUUAAUCCUACGGUCAACAUUCAUUUAAUAGAACCUUCGUUUCCUCCCAUUUGGCUUUAUAAAUGUUCUUUCAUUACAGUGCUUGUGGUCUGCUUGUGCUACUCUAACAUUUUACCCUUUUUCUCGAUAUAUCUGCCUUUUCAGGUUCUCAUCUCAAAUGCAGUUCUAUUUUUGUGUAACAGUUACUAUGGGUAAGUGCUAUCCCACCGUAAGCGAGGAGUACCUUAAGGCUGUUGACAAAUGUAAAAGGAAACUUAGAGGACUCAUUGCUGACAAGAAUUGUGCUCCUAUUAUGCUCCGUCUAGCAUGGCACUCUGCUGGUACCUAUGAUGUGUGUUCCAAAACUGGAGGUCCUUUUGGUACCAUGAGGUUCAAAGCUGAGCAAUCACAUGGAGCAAACAAUGGUAUUUACAUUGCUCUCCGACUCUUGGAGCCCAUUAGGGAGCAGUUUCCUAUCCUCUCCCAUGCUGAUUUCUAUCAAUUGGCUGGUGUUGUUGCUGUUGAAGUUACCGGAGGACCUGAUGUUCCCUUUCAUCCUGGUAGAGAGGACAAGCCAGAACCACCUGUUGAAGGUCGCUUGCCUGAUGCCACCAAGGGCUCUGACCACUUGAGGGACGUGUUUGUGAAACAAAUGGGUCUUUCUGACAAGGAUAUUGUUGCACUCUCUGGUGGUCAUACCUUGGGAAGGUGCCACAAGGAGCGUUCUGGUUUUGAGGGACCUUGGACUGCCAAUCCCCUCAUCUUUGACAACUCAUACUUUACGGAGCUUUUGAGUGGGGAAAAAGAAGGGCUUUUACAGUUGCCAUCAGAUAAGGCUCUCCUCAGUGAUCCUGCUUUCUGUCCCCUUGUUGAGAAAUAUGCUGCAGAUGAAGAUGCCUUCUUUGCUGACUAUGCUGAGGCUCACUUGAAGCUCUCUGAAUUGGGAUUUGCUGAAGCUUAAGAAGGUUAUUUUGGAAGAGCUGGGAGUGGUGGCAUGUUUUUGUUAAUGUUUUCCUUUUUAAAAGCUCGCUGGAGUUGGUUGUCUUCUUUUGCUGCUUAUAUCAUGAUUUAAAUUUGGCAGCUAUAUUAGACUGAUGUUGUCACUCUCUUCCAGUUUUAUAAUCUUGGCAGCUUAUAUUAGACUGAUAUUGUCACUCUAUAAGCUUCUAUUUCCUUUUGGCCAAA